AUGGUGCUGUACGAGAGGACAACGAUCGACAGCUUUCUGUCACGGUACACGGCUGUCACCACGCUACCGGGCACCGGAACGACAGGCACGGGCACGGGCACGGUUGAGGAUUUAUUCCUUAACAUCACCACGACGACGGUGGCCAGUACGGUCACCGUCGGAAACGAUACGGACAACGGAGCGGAAACCGAACCCACCUACUCACUGGUACAAAUCAUCAUCCUGGGUAUUAUCGCAACCGUGCUGAGUAUACUGACGGUGGCCGGUAAUGUGAUGGUGAUGAUCUCGUUUAAGAUCGACAAACAAUUGCAAACAAUCAGCAACUAUUUUUUAUUCUCGCUCGCAAUUGCGGAUUUUGCGAUCGGACUGAUAUCGAUGCCCUUGUUCUCGGUUACGACCCUGCUGGGUUACUGGCCGUUGGGGCCCCACAUAUGCGACACGUGGUUGGCCCUGGACUAUUUGGCGUCGAAUGCGUCCGUGUUGAAUUUGCUCAUCAUUAGCUUUGAUAGGUACUUUAGCGUUACUAGGCCUCUAACAUAUCGAGCAAAGCGUACAACGACCCGAGCAGCGAUUAUGAUUGGUGCCGCGUGGGGCAUCAGCUUACUGCUAUGGCCACCGUGGAUAUACAGCUGGCCCUAUAUUGAGGGCAAACGGACGGUGCCGGAGAAAGAAUGCUACAUUCAGUUCAUCGAGACCAACCACUAUAUUACCUUCGGAACGGCGAUAGCAGCCUUUUACGUGCCAGUGACGGUUAUGUGCUUUCUGUACUACCGGAUAUGGAGAGAGACGAAAAAGCGACAGAAGGAUCUGAAAAACCUUACUGGUGACCGGAAGAAAGAUUCCUCCAAGCGGUCCAAUUCAAGUGACGAAAACACGGCGGUUAAUCAUUCGGGUGCGAUAGCACAAUUGGCCAGCGCCGAAUCGGACGGUUGGCGGAGGCCCCGGAGUGAAUCGUCGGCUGACGCGGAGAGUGUUUACAUGACCAAUGCCGUCAUAUCGGACUCGGGUUACGGUCACGGGAUACUUUCACGGCGCUCUAGUAUUACGACCAAUGGACUACCGAGGAAACCGACGUCAUUCUUCGGUGGCAUAAAAGAGUGGUGCAUCGCGUGGUGGCAUUCGGGCCGAGAUGAUUCCGAUGACUAUGGGUACGAAGUCGAGGAACCGUCGGAUCUAGGAUGUACAUCGUUGAAUGUCAUUCGAGACCCGUACGCGACGACGGGUCGGGGCAAUGUGGUCAGUAUGAUUCCGGACAUCUCCCCGACGCCGAUGCGACCGAUUUUGCCGCCAAUGUCGCAUCUACAGGAUAUUCAUGGACCAAGAGAUUCACGCUCACUACCCAACAGCAAUCGACUAGGCUCGCGAUCAGUGAGCCAAGAUUCUGUGUACACUAUUUUGAUACGUUUACCGCCGGAAGGUGGGUCCGGCGAUGAGCGGGCGCCAUCGAUUAAAAUGAUCCAAGAUGACGUACCGAUGUCGAUGACGGUUCCUCCAAGGCGGCCCUUACCAUCCCGCGAUUCGGAUUACAUCCUCCCGAUAGGAAGAAGACAAUCGACAGCCACGACGGAUAUACGGCUUCCACUGACGACGAAAAUUAUUCCGAAACCACUAUCGAAGCAACAGCAAAUACAUCAGGCCAACUUGCAGCAGACGGCCCGCCAGGUGAAGAAGAAAAAGAAAUCUCAGGAAAAGCGGCAGGAAACCAAAGCGGCCAAAACGCUGUCGGCCAUCUUGCUUAGCUUUAUCAUCACGUGGACACCGUACAAUAUCCUGGUACUGCUGAAACCGCUGACGGCCUGCACCAAGUGUAUACCGCAGGAAUUGUGGGAUUUUUUCUACGCCCUCUGCUACAUUAAUUCGACCAUCAAUCCGGUGUGCUACGCACUCUGCAACGCUUCCUUCCGGCGAACCUACGUGAGGAUACUGACGUGUAAGUGGCACACCCGAAACCGGGAAGCAAUGACGCGAGGCGUUUAUAAUUAG